AUGGCCAACGUUGUCAAGCUGUUCCUGCUUAUAGCCUACUGGUAUGGACGCCUUAUUGGAGCCAUCAACUAUGAGAUAGAUCUGAAAACUGGCAGAACCAGGACCACCAAAAAGGCAACAAUUUACGCGGCCUGCAUUCAACUGCUGAACGAGGAGCUGAAGGCUGUGAUAGCCGAAGUUCAGUCUCUGAUUCCGAGGCGGCGUGGAGUGUUUGUGACCAAGUGCUGCUAUUUGGCUGACCAGCUCGACGAGAUCGCCCGCACCCAGUCGUACAUCCAGGAGCUCACGAGGCACAUCUCCAAGGUCUACGACGUACAGACCUUUUGCGUGGCGAUCACCACCUAUUUGAACAUCAUCGGAGGGCUGUACACGAUGUUCUGCAUGGGAAAAGCCAAUAACUUCACCAAUAACGUGCCGCCGAUCAUCCUGGCUUUGGCAGCUCCUUGUAUUAUUCUGUUCUACGUGGAUAUAGUGCUGAACAACUGGAGAGUUUUUCGUCUUUUGGAUGCCCACAAGGAAAUGGUAGGGUUGCUGCAGCAAAGAACACUUUUUCAACAUGGCCUGGACCCGAGACUGGAGUUGACUUUUGAGAGCUUUCAGCUCAACUUGGCCCGCAAUCCCUUUAAGAUUAUGUACUGCAGUGUCCUUGAAUGUAAUCGCUUUGCCUCAUUCUCCAUCUACAACUCUCUGAUGACCAAUGCAAUACUCCUAAUUCAGUAUGAUAUGCAAAACUAUUAA